UGGAUGUGUACCAUCACAUCGCGCGUUCAUUUCCUCUCUUGCCAAAAAUCGUGACGUUUUUAGUGCAAAAAUCUAUGCCGCGAUGUGAAUUAUGAGUGAGUUAUCGGGAUCAAUAAGGAAGUCACUUUUCGACCAUACGGAUUACAGAUUGCGCUUCGGCUUCAUCGAUCUUUCAUAUUUUUCAAAGAGCAUGUGGCUACGAUCUCAUUUCGAACUCACAAGCCUCGUGUAUUGACACAAAUAAGGAGAUACAAUGUAAUUGUUUCGCGGAGUUAUUACACCGUAUUACAAUUGGGUCUCGUAUAACAAACCUUGUAUAACGAGCUUUGUAGUCACGCGAAAAUAUAGAUUUGAGUCGAUGAAUCGGAAACCGAUAGCUUUGGAACGAUAGAGGGAAAGAAUAAAAGAUGCCGGGCACUUUGACAUAUCCAAUUUAUGCUGGCGUAGAUCCACCUCUUCCUAGAAGACGAGCUCACACUUGGAACACACAGCAUCGUUCGGAAUCACGUGUGGCAGAAGUUAAUGCGCAGCUUGGUCGGUUGUCUUUAUCGGAACCUGCGAGGGACGAGGCAACGAGCAAGUUGAGAUUAAGAGUAAUCGCUGGGCACCAAUUGGCUAAGAAGGAUAUUUUUGGUGCGAGCGAUCCCUAUGUCAGGGUUGACUUGAAUACGAUAAAUGGAGAUCACACGGUGGAUUCUGCGCUUACAAGAACUAAGAAGAAGACGUUGAAUCCAGUCUGGGAAGAGGAAUUUAUAUUUAGGGUUAAACCAGUGGAACACAAAUUGGUCUUACAAGUAUUCGAUGAAAAUAGGUUGACGAGAGAUGAUUUUCUUGGUAUGGUAGAAUUAACAUUGAUCAAUUUACCGAAGGAACAAGAAGGUCGUGUUAUUCCUGGUAGAUUUUAUGUACUUCGUCCACGUAGUAAUCAUUCCAGUCAGCGAUCGCGAGUUAAAGGAACGUUGGAAGUAUAUCAUGCAUAUAUUUCCGAUUCAUCCACUAUCGAAAAUGAAGACAGGGAAUUAGUAUCUGAUUCAGAUGGAUGGGAAUUAGUACAGGCAGCGAAUAACAGCGGAAUAACUCCGGAAGAGCAAACUGCAGAUAUCAUUAUGGUUAACGGGCCAUUGCCACCAGGAUGGGAGGAAAGGCAAGACGCAAAUGGUCGUACAUAUUACGUCAAUCAUAUAGCGCGUUUUACACAAUGGGAACGACCGACGGAAGCGGAUGCGACAGCACAGGGUGAAAGCGUGGAACAACGCAAUUUGGAUACCGCAGUCACUGAAUUCCAACGAAGGUUCCAUAUCAGUGCCGACGAUGAAGGCAGACAUAGAAAUUCGGUGAUAACUCAGGAUGGUGAAGUUCUACGCGAGGACGAUGAAGAUUCGGAAGCAAGAGAUUGUGAGGGUGGGGAUCAUAGGGGAGGGGGUAUUGGGGAUACUUCUUCAGAGUCCGGACGUUCUGUCGAUCAACGUGGAUACCUUAGUGAAUCUGAAGAACAGACUGACGAUAAUGUUGACAGCCCGGCUGGUUCAAGACGUUCAUCAGAACAAAUUGAAAGCCCUAAACCAGUCCUCCCUCUAUCUACUGAUGAGGGAUUGCCACCCGGCUGGGGUAUGCAAAUAGCACCCAAUGGCAGAGUAUUUUUUAUCGAUCACAAUGAAAGGGCAACGACUUGGGUUGAUCCUAGAACAGGGAGACCGAGUUCUAUACCUAAUCCUAUUGCAUCGUCAACUAUGUCAAGAAGUGAUUUAGAUCAGUUAGGACCACUUCCGGAAGGAUGGGAAGAAAGAGUGCACACCGACGGACGUAUCUUUUUCAUUGAUCAUAAUACAAGAACAACACAAUGGGAAGAUCCACGUCUGUCUAAUCCUCAAAUUGCCGGCCCGGCCGUACCAUACUCCAGGGAUUACAAGCGUAAAUAUGAAUACUUGAAGUCACAACUGAGAAAGCCUAAUAACGUUCCUAAUAAGUUCGAGAUCAAAGUCGGACGGAACAAUAUCUUAGAAGAUUCAUACCGUAUUAUAAGUUCUGUCAACAGAGUUGAAAUUUUAAAGACGAAACUGUGGGUAGAAUUUGAGGGUGAGGUAGGUUUAGAUUAUGGUGGCCUUGCAAGAGAAUGGUUCUUCUUGUUAUCCAAGGAAAUGUUUAACCCGUAUUAUGGACUCUUUGAAUAUUCCGCAACAGACAAUUAUACCUUACAAAUUAAUCCUUGUUCUGGAGUGUGUAACGAAGAACAUUUGAAUUACUUCAAAUUCAUAGGACGUAUAGCAGGAAUGGCUGUUUAUCAUGGCAAGUUGCUGGAUGCUUUCUUUAUCCGACCGUUUUAUAAAAUGAUGUUGGGUAAAGCGAUUGAUCUGAAGGACAUGGAGAGCGUUGAUUCCGAGUAUUACAACUCUCUUUUAUGGAUUAAAGAGAACGAUCCCAGUGAAUUGGAACUCACUUUUUGUCUUGACGAAGAAAGUUUCGGUCAUACUUCCCAAAGAGAGUUAAAGCCAGAUGGCGCUAAUAUUCCUUUGACGGAUGAAAAUAAGGACGAAUAUAUAAGUUUAGUCAUACAGUGGCGGUUUGUAUCUCGUGUACAGGAACAAAUGAAUGCGUUCUUGGAAGGAUUCAAUGCUCUUAUACCGCCGACAUUGGUAAAGAUAUUCGACGAGCACGAGCUGGAGUUGUUAAUGUGUGGCAUACAACAUAUUGAUGUGAAAGACUGGAAACAAAACACUUUGUACAAAGGAGACUACCACGCGAACCAUCUUGUCGUGCAAUGGUUCUGGAGAGUCGUUCUGUCAUUCAGUAAUGAGAUGCGUUCUAGAUUAUUACAGUUUGUGACUGGUACAUCACGCGUUCCAAUGAACGGAUUUAAGGAACUUUAUGGCAGUAAUGGACCACAAUUGUUUACAAUUGAGAAAUGGGGAACACCGGAGAAUUAUCCAAGAGCUCAUACUUGUUUUAAUCGUAUUGACCUUCCUCCAUAUACAAGUUAUCAACAACUCAGGGAUAAGCUAGUUAAAGCAAUUGAAGGUUCUCAAGGUUUCGCUGGAGUCGACUAGCACGAAAUACCCUUAUUCAUGAUGAUAUCUGUAAUAUAAUGUAUAUACUAUAUAUACAUACUUAUAGGUACACAGAAGAGUAUACCGUCUUAAUAUGAUUAUCUAUUUAACAACUUCCUGCACUUUAAUGAUUUAGUUGUUUCUUAAUUAUAAGCGACAACGUUAAGACAAUGUGAGAAAAAAAAAAUGUUUAAAAGUUAAUAUUAUUGCUUAGCUUUCUGGGAUAACUUCAACAAGUCUUUCAGCAUGUUACAGUUUUAAAAAAUACGUUGUAUUCAGUGACAAAUAUUUGAAUAAUCUGAAAUGCCGCUGAAAUCUAUAAUCAGAUAUUGACUCUUAUCUACUUUUAAAGAGAUUUGCCAUAUUUUUACAAUCACAUUUUCGGCUUUCUCUUGGGAGAAGUAAUUUGGCGGGUAUAACAAGGGAAUGAUACUUUAUAAUAUUAAGAUGUAAAUAAUUUUGUAUUAUGAUAUUGAUUUAUCGAACGA